AUGUCGAAGAAACGUGUUCUUAUUAUUGGAGUUGGCUCUGCUGGUAUGUCCUUCGCCAAUCAACUUGCUGAACAUCCAGAGAAAUUUGAUGUAAGUUUGAUUAAUUCGAUCGAUCGUUGUAGUCGACAAGCAUUCUCAAUUUUCGUUGAUAAAGAAAAAUAUGGUGCUACAUGGUUCAACCAAGGCGUUCAAGGUGGUUCGCCUGUCUUUCAUCAUACAUUUCGAAUGUUCGAACGUCAAGGUUAUCAAGUUUCACCGGUAAAAUUACAAGUAUCAUUUGGCGCUGAUGAACAUACAUUAGAAACAGUAGAAGAAUUUGAAGAAUUAGUUCUAUGUGUGCUUCCUAAUCAGGCUAAAAUACUUCUUGGCAAAACAGCUCGAUGGAUCGAUAAAUUCAUAUUAGGUUGGGCUAAAUUUGCUGAUGAUGUUACAGUAACACAUUCCGAUACGGAAUACAUGGAAAAUAUUAUACAAAUUAUUACGAUUCUAAUCAAGCUUAGAAUGACAGCAGCUUAUCGUCUUGGAGCUGAUUAUCCAGAUGAUUUAGAACACGAUGAUUUUGCUCGUGUAUGUUUUCGAUAA